UGGACCGGCUGAACAGAGGAGAAAACAACAACAAAAACAGCUGUCCUUCCCUGUGAGGAUCAAACUAUGGUCGGACAAUGAUCGUGGACUCCCCGGGGACUUGGGAAAGGGUCACUGUUGGUGCUCUGUGUGUGCAGAGGUUCUUGGAGGAGUGUUGCAUAUCCUCCACAACAAUCCGUGUCAUCUGGAGAUAUGUGUUGACUCCUGGCCUACAUUCACUACUGCCAUUUGUUACCGUCAAAAACAGCAUUUCAGCAGCAGCAGGAGCAGCAGCAUCUCCGGGAUGAUUCCUGACAUCUGCACUGUCUUCACCAAGAACCCAGAAACUCUGCAAAGUCUGCUGCUUAAUGAGAGAGUCGUAAACUGGAGGAGCGGACUCAUAUUCAGAGGUAUUCUUAACUCACACUGCCAUCUCAUCAAAGAGCUCGCCUCUCUCGGUGGGCUUGAUAUCACAGAAUAUGGGGGUUAUAACACCUUCAUCUACAGCAGCCUGCAGAAUAGGCACAGGCAAGAGAAGGUGUUGCUGCUGCCAAUUUCCACUCUGGACGAAUCCCACGCGGAGCUCGUUGACACACACUUGCCUUACGGAGGCAGCCAGGAGAGCCUCAACCACGUGAGAGCCUGUAUCCGCCAUCUGCCAAACCACUGUGUGACGGAUGAGACGGGCCGGCCUAUGUCCUGGAUGCUGUCUGAUGAGCUGUGUGAGCUGAGGAUGGCUUACACCCUACCAGAGUACAGACGGGCCGGUCACCUCCUGGCUCUGUCUCAGGCUCUGAUCCGCAGGAUGGGCUCUGCGGGUUUACCCGUCUACUGCCACGUCAACCAACAGAACCAGGCCACCAUUAACGCUGUGACCUCACUCGGCUUCUCUACGUGUCCCAGUAUGGAGGAGAUCUCAGUGCUGCUAAUAUUACUCAGGGGAUGCAGCGCUUUAGAGAGUUUAGUCCAUUUCUGACAGCGAACUGCAAGUAGAACAAACUCAAAAAUAACAUUUUCUGUGGCUUAAGAGUGGAUGUGAUGAAUACGCCAGCCGUGCUCCUUUUUACUCUGUAAAAAUGUCCUUCAUUGUGAAAUAAUACUGUUCGGACAAUACAAGACUUCAGUUUGACUCUGCGGAGCGUGCCGAGGUAAAGACCCCCUUCAUCUGCAGAUCACCCAAAGAGGCUCUCGUCCACCUGGGACCCCUCCCCGGAGGUGAGCUGAUCCACUGCUGAUUGCCUCUCUGUGUUUUAGCAGCAAUGCACCAUUCAAGUCUGCAGGCAGGCAACUUGACAAAUGAGCAGCGAUCUAAGCAGAGGGGAUGCUCGUACUGCACCACACACUCCUGUCCCAUCCACAUCCCCCCGUCCCGCAGUGGUGCACCUCUUUUAACUGACACCCUUUCCUCGCUUUAAAGUGCUCUUCUCAAAGUCACACAAGUAGAGUACACGCUAAGUACAUGCUUACUAAUGUGUGUGCAUCCAAAGACGUGGCUAGAAGAGUGAGUUAAUACGAGCCUGUAUAUUUCUAGUGUUGCUUCUUUAUAGAAAUGUUGAUCUGUGUUUUAAUCAAGUUGCACAAAUUACCAUAUCCUUUUAAUACUUCACAUAAUUAGUGAGUGUUUCAUGUUUGGUUUGGAAUAUUAUUAAUCAUCUUAAAGUAAACUUGUAAAUAGAGCUAAAACAAGUCAAGUCAGGUUUAUUCAUACAGCAUAUUAAAAAACAACAAAUGUUGACCAAAGUGCUUUACAACGAGAUUAAAUUAAGCAGAAAACUGUCAUAAAUAAGAGAAUAUGAGUAAAUAAAUAAAAGAGUAAAAUAUCUUGAUUAAAUUGUAAUGCAAACAGAAUUGCACAAAAACAAAAUGCAAUACAAGCAAAUGAAAACAAUUUAAUUGGCAACCAUUUUGAUAAUCAUUCAUUUAAAUCACCUUUAAAGCAAAAAAGCAAAGCAUUUGCUUUUUCCAGCUUCUCCAACGUGAGGAUACGCUGAUUUUCUCUGAUUUUAUAUCACCGUAAAUUGAAUAUAUUUUUCAAUUGGACUGUUAGUUUGACAAAAACAUCCGAAUUUGUCACCUUUGGUUCUGUAAAAUUGUGACAGGCAUUUUUAAUUAUUUUCUUAAAUUGUAUAGACUAAAUCAGUGAUUCCCAACCAAUUUCCUUAAGGGACCCUUUCCUUUUAUUGAGUAACUUAUGACCUCUGACUAAGUGACAUAUUUUGUGGAUAUUUCAUAUCAUAUUUAAUGCAUAACGACAACAGUACAGAACAACUGAUAAACUGUACAAUAAGCCCAGAUGGUGAAAACAAUUACUGCAGAAAGUUUGUGAAUUAAUUUUGAGCAUAUUAUUUUCCUGUGAUUAUUACAUUGGAGAAGAGUUUUCCUGAUAUUGUUAGGAACGUCUUUAUACGAUUAUGUUUUUUUGUUUGUUUUUAAAAAAAAUCAUACAUACUUAUAGGCUUCUAUUUUUCACAUAUUCAUUUUUCUUUUUUUCUCCCUGACUCUCGGCCAUUGUUCUAUCAGCUCUUUGUUAUAGCUGAAUAGUUUUCUAAAGCAAGACGAGCCUGUUAAGCACAGAGUGAAGGUUCUGUGAAUAUAGCUUGUGUUCAGGUCUUCACUGUGUCCUUACCCUGAGAGACUCUGUAAUAAGUUCAUAUCUUUAAUAAUAAUCUAACUUUUAAGAAUGAAAUGAAGUAAAUGCUGAGACAUAAGACUUAUCUAUCUAUCUAUCUAUCUAUCUAUCUAUCUAUAAAUUUUUUCUUACACCAGCUGUCAAACCUUAGCAACCCCUAGAGAGGUCGGGACCCCCAGGUUGGAAACCAGUGGACUAAAAUGAUUAAGCAGUUAAUUGAGAAAAUAGUUUAAUUAUAGAGCUUAAUCGAUACAGAAAAUGAUGGUUAGCUGCAGCACCAAGUGUAAAUUCAGUGCACUAGACUGAAGAUUAACAGUUUGUGUAAAGGUUAAAAAAUAAAUACAGGUCAGUAUCGUAGGAGUGAAUGAUUUUCUACACUCCUUUGUCCGUGUGAUCUACUCUAACUGAGGAUUAUUUUUAUAACUGAUUUCUGCUUUACAAAGCUGGACUGCACAGGUCUUAUAUUGCAAGCCGUCUACUGAAAUAUGAGAUGUCUCCUCACCUACAGCUUGAAUCUAUUUGAGUGCCCAACCUCCACUACAGUCAAAGAGGUGUAGGAUGAUAAAAAAAAAAAACAGCAUCAGGAGGGGUUUAUGCAGGCUGCAUCAGUUGCAGAUCUUUACUCAUCCCAAUGCAGAUUCGUGAGUCAGCUAAGAGGCAGAGAACAUGAAUUACCUGACGGCUGAACUAGUUCUGUGGCUUCAUCAGUAUGUUGCCUGCAACUGCAACCAUCACUUGAGGACAGCAUCCACCCACUGGUCCUCCUCAGAAACUGCAUCUCAGAUCAAGUGAGGAGCCGAGUGUCUGACGCAGCAUGCGAUCAUUCACCUUGGCUGCAAGUGCUGCUCGGACUUGCCUUGGUGCAGCUGUCCACACAUAACCCCCACCGACACCCUCCACCUCCUACCCCCCCAUAGAGGCAGUGCACUCUGCCAGCCGUGGAGUGGGACGUACUAUCGAUCCUGCUGAAAUGAUGGUUUCUAAAAGGGAGGCAGUAAGCAUGUCUGCGCUCCCCUCCUCCACUGUAGAGGGGCCCUGAGAUAUCACCAAGCUCAGCACAUUGCACCAUCACCGCAUGGGAAAAUGGGAUUUUCACUGGGAGACGAGCUGAGGGGAAGGUAAUUCAAGCCGCCGAGCUAUGUUCCCCACCAAGGAUGUAAAACGAGCCAUAUUACCUUCAGACGCCUCGCACAGUGGACAAAUAAGGUCAUUUUAAAUGUCCUAUUAAUUCCAGUCCUUGUCAUGGAGAAAUCAGAUGCCAAACAGGGGGAAAAAUCUGCAUGAGUGCUGAAGUUAAGAAGGAAGUGAGGAGAGGGAGGAUGUUCAUUCAGUAGGCACCCAUUCAUCUUUGCAGCUUUUAAUACUUGUUCAGGAUGAGCACGUGUGCCAUCAUGUGCCUCAUGUAUUGUAUCACUCUGUAAGCACUGUUAUUCUGAAUGAGUGAUAAAUGAAUGAAGUGCAGCUUUAUGCAGACAGUUAAUAACCUAGUGUGAGGCUGUGAACCUCAGACAGGAGGUGUCUGAUCCAGAGGAGCCACUAGAUGGCAACAGUGUCCUAACAUUUACCAACACUCAGGUGAAAUUUGGUGCAUGUGUAUGCAGUGACUCACACAGGGCUGCAGAUUUAGAGGAAAUUCUGAGCAGGCUUUUAUAGUUGUGAGUGCCCGCUACACAAAAUAACACUAAAUAGGAGCUGACAAUUAUUCAUUACGGGGAAAAAAUGA